UCCUGCUCCCGCUAAGAUAUCACACUCACCUCGUUUCCCUGCAUCUCUUAAACCUGAACCGACUGAACAGCCGAAGAUCAUUAAAACUCCCUCACAACCCACCGAAAAAUCGAAACAGAUCCCACCGCUAAUGAAAGAUCUAUUUAUCACUGGAAAACCCAAGUUCAAAGAGGAUCACUGGCCAGCUUUGAGCACCGGCUUAUCAGCAAAAAUAUCGCCAAAAAAGAAAGCAUAUUUGUCAAGCUACGUGCAAAAAUGUGAUGAAAACCAAUUAAACAUUAAACUGAGAACUUUUGUAACCGAACUAAAACGCAUAGUUCUUGGCGAAAAGAACGAGGUUGUCGAAAGAACUGACAAAAAAUAUCCACCAAAUGAUAAAGAAAUUCCACUAAAGAGCAAUGUAUCCAAAUCUGAGACAAAAUCACCCAAUGUAUCUGAACCGCCACAAGAUAAAAAGCCGCUGGAUCAUCCAAAAAUUAACGCUUCCCUCUUCCCGCAAGAAAAAAAAACCUUUGAUUAGUCAGGAAAACAAUGCCGUGAAAUGCUCGUUGGACAAGAAGUCUUUAACUCCUUCACAAAAUAAAGUACAAGAAUCAAAACCUACUUUUUCGUUACAAGAAAAGAAGCCGACGAAUAAUCAAAAGAAUAUUUCCAACUGGCAGCAAGACAAAAAGCCUUUGAUUAAAAAUCAGGCGAAUAAUUCUGUGAAAUUAUCAUUCGACAAAAAGCCGGCGUUUGCUUUAAAGCACAAAAAAGUAAUUAACGCCAGCAGAAAAAUCGAGCAGCCAGUGGGCGACUCAAUGGUUCGCAAAUCGAAUAUGUUUGAGCUGCUGGAAGAGUCGGAAUCGCCGUCAACGUGUAUUGAAAUCGAAGAGGAUGAUGUGUCUUUGCCAGAUGCAAAGAAAGAAAAUGUAGAUCCCCGGACGUCUGUUAAUUCCAAAAAGCUUAAGAGGCGGAUAAAGAAAAGGGAGACUGCCCAAAGGAACCUUCAGCUGGCCAAGGAAAGGGCAGCCAAGGACGCGGCCAGGGCUAAAAAAUCGAGGGAGAAGGCUAAGGCCUUAAGAGCUGCUACGCUCAAGUCGGAUGAUGAAUCUUUAAGACUUUGGACACCCAAGUCAGAUGAAGAGGAACUAGAGUACUGGUCGGCCCUGUCACCACAUUUAAGAUUGAAACCACAUGAACAACAACCAGAAGCCACCAAAUCUGAUGAUCUCACUGAAGACAACCAAUUCAAAAAACCAAAUUCGAAGAUAAUAAAGCAAUGCAGAAAUUCGAUUAAACCAACUCCAAAGGAAGUUGCAAACGAACCAUCGAAAACAAUUGCCAAUGAUGUCAAGAACUCUCAAAUACUUCAAGAAGAAAAUCAUAAGCUUAAGGAAUUGGAACCUGAAACUGAUGCUUCUGCAGAAAGCUUACAACUGCAGUUUCCUGGGAGCAAUCUUGAAUCACCGCAGUCCACGGAGCAGCACACGAUCUCGCCCAGAUCAAGGAAGAAUUCCAGACUGGGCCAGCUUGUGUUGGCGGUUAAUUUAGGCGCCCUAAAGCGACCAAACGAGGGACGUCACACCUCGCACCGGACUAUCGAGUCCAGAAAGUGGGAAAUAUAUUAUAGGAAACUGCCAUCUACACUGAGAUGCAGUCCGAAUCUUCAACUGCGAACCACAAUUAUUUACGUGCAGGAAAAAGGCACAGAGACAGUCGUUGAGUUGCUGAAGAGGAUAAAGAGCAAUCCUCUUAGAAUAAAACCAGAUCUUCGUGAUUGUAAACUGAACAGGAUGCUGGAUAAAACGAACUCUGAUUGCCAAGCUCUGGAUUCCGGUGGGGGGAACUGCGACCCAGAGGCAAAUAAGUUGGGAAAACUGACAAACUUUUUGCCAUUUGGGUUUGAAGCAACCAGAUAUCGAGCACCAAUUGUAUUUCGUUUGCCAGUUUCACAGGGAUCGGGUGUUCGGUUCGGAACAGCUUUUCCCCUGCCAAUUAGGAUGCCGGGUGCAGUGGCACCACCAUCACCACCGACAGCUCCAAUUCAAAUCGGCGAGCCCUUCCCCUCGGCGCCGCGAGGCCGUCGAGGUCGAGAUCAAAAAUUGUGGAACAAGAGGAAAGUUUAUCAAAAGCGAUACUGCCCAUUCCGUCGUCCGCACGUCGAUGAAGUUGGCUCUUCGGAUACCGAGUAGCCUUUUCUAACUAACCUGUGAUAUUUUUCUAACUUGGCAUGUUUCUUCUUUUGAACUAAUCAUCUAACAAUUAUAUAAUUAUUAUUCUUUUACCCAACUGAACGUACACUAAUAAAAAACUAUGUUAAACGGGUGUUGGUUCUGCUAAUCCUUUUAAAUACUCCCUGC